AUGUCGGACUACAAGGACGGUGUUUCCGUCUUCCACUUCACGUCGAGGAUCUCGAGUGCCAAGAUCCGCAAGUACACGAUCGCUACUCAGCGUGGUAUGACCGCUGCCGGCGGUAAGAAGGGAAAACACUCUCAGCUACUUCCCACGCCAGCACCGCAGGUAGCACCGGCAGGUACUUUGCAUCUGGCGGCACCAUCGAACUCAGCAUCGCCGGCGCACUCGCCAUCCAUGGAGCCGCCAGCCAAGAAGCCGAAGCUGAAGCUGACAGUGCGCGACCCAUCGCAGACUCCUGCCGGCACACCUGGAAGCACACCGAGCGUGCCCAUGAUCGUGGAUGGUCCGAGUGAGUCGAUCACUGUGUCACGCCCGCAGCGCGAGCCUAGGCCACUGAGGUUCAGGUACGAUGAGAACAUGGUCCUCGAUGAUGAGAGCCUUCGUAUCCAUUCAGACUCCUCCGAUCUGUCUGAGCUCGACUCGCCCCCUCCGCCACCGAGGUCAAUGUAUCAGCAGAAACAAGUCAAGCAACCAACUCCUGCCAAUCCUGAAUAUGGUGACUUCAUGUCGUACUACGUUACAGGUGAUGAUGGUGAUGACAAGUCCAAGGCCGAUGCUGGUCCAUCCUCCAAAGCUCCUGCGAUCUCACAGCAGCACCCUCAGGCUUUCUACCAAAACCAAUCUCAACACGGAGCACACCAUCCUCAGCAGCACGCACCUCAGCAGCGUCGGAAUCCGUCUCAGCAGUCCCGCCGCAACAAUUCCGCGAGGAUGCAGCAACCUCCGCCACCGCCUCCCGUCCCAACGGUCCUCUUAGUCAGCUUCGACAUCGUCAACACGCCAUGCGAUCCGAACAACCCGAAGACUGUUGCUGAGAUGAUCACGAGACUCGAGGCAUUGUCAGCGUCACUCGCGGCAUUCGCUGGCACCCCACCCCCACAGAGCCCGCUUCAGUCUCAAAUUCACACCCUCGCCGUCGAAGAAGUCCCUAAGAAGGAUGACGCUGCUAUUGAGAGCUUCCUCGGCAUGUUUGAGGACGGCGGUGAGAGCAGCAGCGAUGAUGACGCGGCGGCUAAGGAAGUCACGAAGAAGAACGAGGUUGAAGCCAAGCAGCAAUUGCCAAACCUCAGCUACACCCUGAAGAACCCCGGGCUCUCAGACGGUCCGCUCACCUACGGCAUCCAGUUCAUCCAGAACGCUCUCAAGUCUUGGGCUCAGGCCAGGCUCAACCAAUACUAUGUUGCGAAGAGAGACCACGAGUAUAAUGUGAUGUUGCAGCAGUUCUUCAAUCCGAACAAGCGUGGACCUGGUCGCACCAAACGACUCUCGGAAGAGGAAGAGCGCAUGCAGCAGCAGCUCGCUCAGCAGCCCGUCGUUGUACACGCAGAGACCACGCCUGAGGGCAAAGCUGUGGAGUGCUUCCGCGAAGUCAUCAGCUCGGGUUGUCUGCAAGUCAAUGCAGUCUUGCCUCAGGAGCUUACACGUGCUCUGCGUAACCUCUAUAUGCAGAUUGACCGCCUCAUCAAUCAAGGUUCGAAGAAUGAGCCGACCUGGCAAUGUGUGUCGUAUGGUGUGCAGAUCGCUGCCAACAAGAUGCGUGUAGAGAAGUGGAAGGGGUCGCAAGCUAAGGCGCAGGAAGAGAUGGCACGCCAGCAGCACCUUGCUCACCAGCAGGUUCUCCAGCAGAUGGGUCUGCCGCCCAACCACACUCAGCCACUUAAUGAGGCUCAGAUGCGUCAAGCUCAUGAAAUGGAGCUGGAGCGUCGUCGUAGCAUGGCGCACGCUCAGCAGCAGCCAUACUUGAGCCAACAUCACCUCAACCCGAUGCCUGUCGAUUCACAGCCGGCAAACACGCCCUCUGGCUUCGCGACCGCCUCAGCUCCACCGCAGAAUGGUGUCAACGAGCCGCUGACUGGGAAGCCAAGCACACCAAACAGCAGUAUGCCAGCUCCGAAUGGUCUACCUCAACCACAGCCACAAAGCCCGGCCAUGCCCAACAGCGACGAGCAGAAGAACCACAUGGAGCAUGUCGUGAUGUACCAAGCCGGCUACAAGCCACAGCGCGGCCCACAGAUGAAGUUCUCCUUCGCUCCCAGUAACGAGCAACAGAUGCAGGUUUGGGGCCCAAAUGCUUUCCCUCAAGCUAGUCCACGAGGUCCUGCUAUCCCCAACAAAGGGCCCAUGCCUGCGCCUUCUGCUCAGACCACGCCUAGUAAGACGACGAAUGGGACAGCCGUACCUUCCGUGGUGGCUUCGAUUGAGAACAAUGCGACAGCUGCGACCAAAAAGGCUCCGGCUGUUCAGCCUGCGGGCACGAAGAUCAAUGGCGGCGAUGUCGAGAUGGUCGAUACAAAUGACACGAAUAAGAAGAAGCGCAAGGCUUCGAGCACGGAGAUCAAGAAGGAGUUUGCCACGCCACCAGUCUCGGCACCAAUGCAGACGGGCGGCUUCACGGCAGUCAACAAAACCAUGUCCAACGCUGCUAGCAGCAACGCCACUAGCAUUGGUGAGCUGAGCAAGCAGAAUGGGCAUAACAUGGCGGCGAGGUACCCACAUCCGGGCGCUAUUGUCGUUGAUCGCUAG